CUUCAACACUCCACGCCGUUAUCGAUCAUGCCUGACACACCUGCGGAAACCCGGGCCAAAUCUCACAGACGACCCGCGUAUCCCCGGAAACGAGCCGUGCAAGCUUGUUUGACCUGUCGUCAACGACGCACGAAAUGCGACAACGAAAAGCCGAGUUGUUCUUCCUGUGGCAAACUGGGAAUACAAUGCGUGUAUCAAGAGUUUGAAAAAGCAAGUUUUGAUGCUGCGAGCCUAGCCAUACUGAGGAGGCUAGAUGAACUAGAGACUGUGGUGAAAAACAGUCGACCCGAGCCACAAGAGCAGCCUGCUCUCAACUUCGCAGAAACUCGCUUCUCAACCCCGAGUCACUUCCAAUCAUCCGACAUCGAAUGGGUCAACUCCUUUGAGAUCCGAUACCCCAAUGUUGAUUCGAUUCUCAACUGGCCCGUUUUUCUCGCCUCAAACCUUCGUAGUCCAACUGAGGACUCCCCCGCUAGUCGGUUCGACGAAGUCGACCUGGGCUCGCGCCCCUUACUUGUCUCCGAUGUAAACGCCGAUGAUGCUUCGCGGCUCCUGAGGCAGUUUAUAGACAGCUUCCACGUUUUCAACCCAGUCCUCGAUAUUCCUACACUGGAAGGGCAUGUGAAGAACACCUCGUUAAAUGGGUUCGGCUGGAACGCUGGGUCCUGUCUUGUGCUGCUCGUUUUUGCAUUGGGGACAACAGUUGGACAAGAUACCAUGCCGCCUCAGCCAUCGGUUUCCGCUAGGCACAACGCACACUUUAGUCAAGCCGAUGCUUUCUUCUUCGCCGCACAGAAGCGUAUGGGCUUAUUACUCUCAAGCAGCGGCAUAGCCGAGGCUCAAUGCUUCUUUCUAGCUGGGGUAUACCUUAUGGUCACUAUGAGGCCGGCUGAUGCUUGGAAAAUGUUUGCCCGAGCCCUGGCAAGCUGCCACACGUUUCGACCUUUGUCAUGUGAGAACGACUCUGUCCUACGUUUGCAGCAAACUGUCCAUUGGGCAUGCUUCAAGUCUGAGCUCGAGGUGCGAUUGGAGUUAAGUAUAGUUAAAACAAGUCCUUGGGAUCUUCGUUAUCCGGACUUAUUCCCCAAUCCCCCAGAGUCACUCGAGUCCCAGGGUGAACCAGCUUGGUACUUUUAUCUAGCUGAAAUUGCCCUCCGCCGUCUGAACAACCGAAUCUUGGCGUUCACGGGCACAAUUGGCCGGGAUAGUACUAUCGUGUCUGAUAAGGUCACUGCGAUCCAAGAAUUCGAGCGCCAGGCUCAUAGUUGGGCCAAGUCGCUUCCUUCCAGUCUGCGGCCCGCUACAAGCAAAGAUGAUGACAUGACAUUUCCUGAUAGCGAUAAUGGCUGGUUGCGUUUCAUACUCAGUGGUCAUAUGCUUGAUUGUUUGGAGCUUAUGUACUGGCCUUUCGUUUAUGCUGCUGUACACGGGACACUAGGAGAUGACCGUGACUCUCAUCUCUUAGCAGCCCGCGGUCUCGAGUUGUGCACCAAGCGUAUUUAUAUCAACCAGGCAGGGUUCUUUCACAGACAUCAUGGCACCUGGUUAAUGAUACAAUCAUGCACAAGAAGUGCUCUGAUGUUAGUUGCUGCUAGGCAUGCAGAGCUAGACGAUAAACUGCCUGGUGACUGGCAAGCUUGUGUUGGCGAAGCUAUCAGGCUUCUGUAUCACUGGGCUGAAGAGGUUCCAGGAUGUUACAACGCUCUAAAGUUCUUGGUGUUGUGAGAAGAUGUGUAUAUAGGAUAGUAAUGUAUACUCUAUACGUUACCGUUAA